AAAGGUCGGAAGUUGUAUGUAGGUGGACUGCUGAAAAGUGUUGUCAAAGAUGACUUACUGCAUGAGCUGGAGAAAUAUGGCGAGGUUGUGGACGUUUGGAUUGCUAGAAAUCCCCCAGGAUUCGCUUUUGUUGAGUACGUUAAGUCGCAGGAUGCGGAGAAGGCGGUAAGAGCACUUGACGGCGUUACUAUUUGCGGUUCUCGUGUUCGCGUGGAGUUCGCCCAUGGCCGUUCGCGAGAAGCUCCUGGCUUUCGUGGUGGUCGCCCUCGUGGGCGCGGCAGCUCCCGUCGAUAUGAUUCACCUCGACGUAAUGGUCGCUUCUCCCCGCCUCCUUACGGCGGUCCAAGAUAUCCGUACGACCACUUGGCAUCGUAUUAUCAUCCCGACGUCGCUAAUGCUGCUGCGGCUGCAGCUGCCGCUGGUUUCCCAUAUGGAAUGACUGGUCCGCCUAUGCUACCAUUCUUGCCUCCUGAAGAUUUGCUCCGAAGUUUACAACCUCGUCGACGAUCACCUGGAAGAGGUUCCUCGCCAAUGUACCAACGUGGGCGCUCUCCUGGUUUCCGCCGAAGAAGUCGCAGUCCAUUAGGCCCGAUGGAUCGAUCGCGAGGCAGAACACCACCUACAACUUAUGAUGGUCGAGGCCCUGGUCGUCGUUCAGAUCCAUAUCCGCGCGGUGGUUUUGGUGGUCGUGGGCCGCGGGAACCAAGAAAUGGAUUUUCGCCACCACCAAUAGAGCGUUCCAGUCCCCUGCUAUGGUUUCUAUCUUGUUUUGUCCAGGAAGUCUCGGAAUCCAAACCCGAUAGAAAUGUUUCACCUCGUGAAGCGACUAAAUUGGAGGAGGUUGCUCCAGCCAAUCCGAUCAGUCGAUCUUGUCUGACUCCAGAGGGAAAAAUAUGGCCGGCAUCCGUAUCUGUCUAUCCGGAUAUGUAUUUUUGCUCAAAAAUCGUUGAAACAGAAACCUCAGAAUCACAGUUGGCUCAUGGUGCAACACUCCUAAGCGAAUCUUGUCGGUACACGGCUUGA